AAUUUGUGCUGGUCCUCUUGUAUGCUUGCUCGGCCAGUGGAUAACGCUGCAAGAAGGAGAAGAAAAAGGAAACAAAGAGGCUAACAGAUAACAUUCUUCCUCAGCUCAAGCUUCUGGUCAUCUGGUGGCCAUGGCGGCUUCUUUCACCUGAAAAGCAAAAAGAAGAAAUCUCAGUUUCGAGGUGUUCUGUAUCAGCUACCGCAGAACCCCAAAAAAGGCCUUGGCCACCUUCUAACAGGAAAGGUUGGUUGCAGCAUAUGGACACUGAUGGAGAACACUGUAGUGCAGCCAUUGUCACCUCCUGCCAUAAGAAUGACACAAGAUGUCACUGAGCAGAUACUUGUCAGGCUCCCGGUGAGCUCCCUGGUGAGAUUCCACAGCGUGUGCAAGCAAUGGUGCAGAGUGAUCAGCUCACCCCGUUUCAUCACUGAACAUGCUCGUCGUGCACCCGAACAGCUGCUCCUUUUCUUGCCUAGAGUGGACGCAUCAGCAGCAGGAAUCAGGGCUGUCAAACCUGGCCAAGCAAUGGUCUUUGAUGAGAAGUGGUCACCGUCGACAUUGGCAUCAUCAUCAUCAUCAUCAUCAUCGAUGGACGCCGAUGAUCACCUUUUCGCGUCGUGCAAUGGCCUUCUUUGCUUCUACGGGCAGCACGCGGUGAAGGUAGCCAACCCUGUGACCGGCGACUGCUUGCUCGUCUCGAAACCCGACGGGAUUCUGCUGCAUGAUUUCUACUAUCUGUACAGCUUUGGGUUUCACCCUGUGUCAGGAGAGUACAAGCUCACGCAUUUCCCCCGCGAACCGCGGCGCUACAGAUCAGGGCGGCCUUUCCAUUUCGAUGCCAUUCAGGUGCACACCAUUGGUGAUGACAAGUGGAGAGACAUCAGAGCUCCAGUGGAGUGUUGCUUGGUGAACCUUGGAGUUGUGCAUGUGGAUGGGGCCAUGUACUGGCUAACUGAAGAUGAAGAAAGAAGAAGCAGUGGCAGUGGCAGUGGCAUGAAAAUCAUGUCGUUUGAUCUCAAGGAAGAAACCUUCUCACCAAUUCAGCCUCCACCAUUGCUACAAGAUCAAGCUAAACACUCUCACAACAACCGAAAACUCACUCACUACUUAUCAGAGAUGGACGGCAAGGUAUGCCUGGUGACCACCCCAUUCCACAGCCAUGUCCCCCGUGGCGCCGCUACAACACAGAGAUCUAUGGCAGGAUGGACAUCUGGAUCCUUGAAAUUCAGACUGAAUUCACUGAACAUGAGUGGCGCCUGAAACACAGCAUCGGCUCUCCAUCCUUGAGCCUGUUGUAUGCUCCUCAGCCGUGCUUCGUCCACAGGGAGAAGAUCCUGCUGCAUGAUCCGAAGGCAAUGCGUUCUUCCAAGAUUUGCAGCACGAGAGGGGUCUGAAGAUUGAUAUCGAGCUCGGAGGCAUGGAGGUGAAGCCGCUGAUGAGCUUCAGGCCUCACAGGUACUACGAGACGCAGGCCUACUUCUACAGGGAGACUCUCUGUUCUCCUGUGCCAGUUCUGGAGGCGCAUUACGACAAUUCCGUCAAGUGUCAGAGGAAGCGGAACUUGUAAUAAGUGACAGCGUGUGAACUGUAAACCCGCUAGCCCCCAGUGAAAGCGUAUUUUGUGUUAAUUAGUUGAGAAGAAAGAGAUAAUCAUAUUAAUUAGUUAAAGUAGA